UUAUCAUUAUCAUUAUCAUUAUUUAUCAUUACCUUUAUCUUAAUCCUUAGUAUCAAUAUCACCAAGACCAUAAUUGUUGCCAUUGCUAUUGCCCCUACAGAGUAAGCGCCGCGAUCGAGCGUCGUCGCCCGCAGCCCGAGAGGAACCAUCGCGCCGCCGCGACUUGUCAACAAACCCUCGUCGUUCGAACGUCCAUUCAAACGAAUCCCCGACCUCGGCGGAGGGGGCGUGGAAACAACAGCGAUUCCUGAGUGACACGCACCAGCACUCUCUCCCGGAAGCAAUACUUAUACAGCCGAACUAUGGACACGCGAGGCGAGAGUCGGAAGUCGAUCCUAAAGCAGGGGGAGGACAGGGCGGCGGCGAAGAAGCGGCUGUCCUUCGCCAGCGACGCCCUGGAUAGCCCCAAGGGCCCGAGUGUCUCCAUUUACGAUAUCGUUCCAACGAACAUAAAGAAGCGCUUUCAGGACGAGGAAGACAGUCAGAACAAAACAAGCAAACAAACAGAUGCAACUGAACCAGCCAAAAAAAACACUUCAGGAUUGGCAGAACUUCAAGCUUCCAUUGAAGUCACCCAUGCUUGUCAGGCCAUAAAAAUUACAACACUUGGCAUGUGUUAUGUGCCACAAAAGAAGGACAGCAAUCUACCCAUGCAACAGCUGCCAAUGAUGCAAAUGAAGGACAACAAGAGAAAUUAUUAUCAGACAUCUCUGAACAGUCCUUUUUCUAAAUCAUUGAAUGUUGUGAUAGCUGGGAAUAAGAGUGUUGGAGAUAUCAUCAAAACUGAGUUGAUAUGUUAUCAAGCACAGUUGUCCAUGAGGAAAAAGCAUAUGUCUGAUAUCAACUUGAAAGUGGACAAUGCAGACAAGCCAACUAUGGAUAUGUUGCAAAAAGGAAAUUUCUUCAUUUUCUUAGUAUGCUUUGAAAUAAUAUCAAGUUUGCAAACCAUUUCAAAUGUCCUGGACAACUUGAGCAUAAUUGGGGCAAAGCCAAAUAUAAAUGGACUGGUGCUGGCUGUCUUUCCUUCUGAGGAGAUGUACAAAAGUGUUCUCACCCUAGAGGAAUUUCACAACUUUAUGGAUGAGCAUCAGCUUGUCCAUUUCUGGUGGUCAAAUUCAGGAAGAGCUCAGAAAAAGCAGGUUAUAAAGAAGUUACUCAAUCACAUCCAUACUAGUAUGGGUUUCACCUCUGGAACAUCUUGCUUAAUGAAGACUGUUGUAUUAAGAGGAAUCAAGGAGUACCAAGAACAAGAGGAAACUCUUGCAUAGGUUUAUAUGCAACUAAUACUGAUUUUCUUUGGCUAGAAGCAAAUUUUACAUCAUUUCCUCUCUCUCUCUUUAAUCCAAUAGAAAUUUAAGGUUUCAUUUACAAUAGGGAUAAAACUAUUUUUCUAGACAAAUAAAGAUUUGUGUGUACAUAG